AUGGUAGAUAAAGAAAUCGUUUUGAAGUUUCACUUCAAUUCGGACAUCGUUCGUGUUCGUGCAAGCACGACUGACGUUGAUUCGAUUGCCAAGGUGAGGGAGUACAUUGCUGACGCCUGGCCGGAGUUGCGAGGGAAGGACUUCGACAUCGUCGUUGGUGAUGGUCUUGGGUCUAAGGACAUCCUCAAUGAGGACAAGCUUGAUGAGCUGUUGACGGAGGCCUCUGUCGGUGAUGGUGUCUCGAAGAAUAUUGGCAUCUUUGUGGAGGAAAGGGAGGCUGAGGAGAAGGCGGAUGCUGCUGGAGAGGAGGACAAGGAUGACGAGACUCAUAAGUGCCCUUACAUGGCUGCUAAGGAGAUGAUGAUGAACAAGUGCCCUUACAUGGCUGCUAAGGAGUGCUGUCCGGCUAUGAUGAUGAACAAGUGCCCUUACAUGGCUGCUAAGGAGUGCUGUCCGGCUAUGAUGAUGAACAAGUGCCCUUACAUGGCUGCUAAGGAGUGCUGUCCGGAGAUGAUGAACAAGUGCCCUUACAUGGCUGCUAAGGAGUGCUGUCCGGCUAUGAUGAUGAAUAAGUGCCCUUACAUGGCUGCUAAGGAGUGCUGUCCGGAGAUGAUGAACAAGUGCCCUUACAUGGCUGCUAAGAAGUGCUGUCCGGAGAUGAUGAACAGGUGCCCUUACAUGGCUGCUAAGGAGUGCUGUCCGGCUAUGAUGAUGAACAAGUGCCCUUACAUGGCUGCUAAGGAGUGCUGUCCGGCUAUGAUGAUGAACAAGUGCCCUUACAUGGCUGCUAAGGAGUGCUGUCCGGAGAUGAUGAACAAGUGCCCUUACAUGGCUGCUAAGGAGUGCUGUCCGGCUAUGAUGAUGAGCAAGUGCCCUUACAUGGCUGCUAAGGAGUGCUGUCCGGCUAUGAUGAACAAGUGCCCUUACAUGGCUGCUAAGGAGUGCUGUCCGGAGAUGAUGAACAAGUGCCCUUACAUGGCUGCUAAGGAGUGCUGCCCGGCUAUGAUGAUGAACAAGUGCCCUUACAUGGCUGCUAAGGCGUGCUGUCCCAAGAUGACGAGCAAGUGCCCUUACAUGGCUGCUAAGGAGUGCUGUCCGGAGAUGAUGAACAACUGCCCUUACAUAGCUGCUAAGGAGUGCUGUCCCAAGAUGAUGAUGAACAAGUGCCCUCACAUGGCUGCUAAGGAGUGCUGUCCCAAGAUGAUGAACAACUGCCCUUACAUGGCUGCUAAGGAGUGCUGUCCCAAGAUGAUGAUGAACAAGUGCCCUUACAUGGCUGCUAAGGAGUGUUGCCCGGCUAUGAUGAUGAACAAGUGCCCUUACAUGGCUUGUUGUUGCUGCUGUCCAAUGGAGUACCACCACCAGAAGGUAUCAUCACAUCCUUGCAUGAUGCAUAGAACCAUUAGACAUCCACACGAACGUUGCUGUGCCAAGACCGACAAGCCCGAGGCCAGCGAGAAGGACGAAUCCUCUUCUACUACUGAUGAUGGAAAGAAGCCUACUACCGAUGAAGUUGAGGCAUAA